AUCAGAACACAACAGUCUUAUCAAUUUCUACAUUACAAAUUGAAAAAUAAAAUUCAAAAAAAAAAAAUAAAAUCAAGGGGUUUUCAAAUUCCCUUUCUUUUCUCUCUCCCACGUUUGGUUUCGUUUCUCCCUCUCUCUCUCUCCCCCUUCCCUCCUCUGUAUUUUCGUUUCUCUCGUUUUCCUUAAUAUCUACAAUUCUCCGGGAAGCUGGAAUUAUAAUUUCCAUUUUCCCGGCUGAAUUCACCUCCAUUUCUCAGAUACGCUACACAUGUUCAUUUUCUCAUUUUCUCCAGGAAUUUGCAUUCUGUGUGGCAACUGAGGAAAGGUGGAAUUCAUCAUAUGUGAAUUCGAGUAGAAAAUGGAUUCUCAAAAUUCGGCCCCGACGACCAGCCAGGUCAACUGCUGUGAUUGCGGGUGCAGUUGUUCUGUGAUGAACAGGUCCUACUCGGGAACUUGGCUCCGGUCUGUGAAGCGAAAAUAUGAUGAAUACAAUGAGAAUAAGUUCAUGAUCCCAGGCUUUGUCUUACCUCUAAAUGCUCGUAUUGAGAUCGAAAAUGAAUGUACAGCACUUAGGGAAAUGGUAGGUAAGCAACAACAGACAAUUCAGGAUUUAAGUGCUGAGUUAGAGGAAGAAAGAAACGCGUCCUCCUCGGCCGCAAACGAGGCAAUGUCGAUGAUUUUGAGGCUGCAAGGAGAAAAGGCAGAGGUUCAGAUGGAAUUUAAACAAUUCAAGAGGUACACUGAGGAGAAAACGGCGCAUGAUCAGCAGGAGAUAAUGGCGUUGGAGGAUUUAUUAUACAAGAGGGAACAAACAAUUCAAUCAUUGACCUGUGAGGUGCAAAUGUAUAAGCAUAGAAUGAUGAGUUAUGGGCUCACAGAAUCUGAGGCUGAUGGUGAUUGUGAGACGGAAAAGGGUCGUUUUAGUCGGAACAAUAGUAUGUCCGAGACUAUCAAUGGGCAAUUCGAAGUUCCUCCAUUUGAUUACCCGCCGUUGAAAUGCAUUAUUAAUGAGAAUCAAGUAUACACAGAGGUUGAUAAUGAGGUUGUUGAUGUUGAGAAAUAUGCAUUUGAAGAGACCCCACGUUCAUGCGAUCAAUUGCGCGAUUUGGAGCAUAGGAUCAAUCAGUUGGAGAGGACGCCAAGAAGUACCGAUGGGGAUCUUUUCAAGAACAACAUACUUGAAAAAGUGAUAGUUGGUCAUUCCCCAAGGAGGACUAGACAUCUUAGAAAGUUUUCAACUGACAGUUUAGGUUCUCCCUUUGUUACAACUAAAGAAAUUAACUCAGAUUUCAUCUCAGAUUCUCCAAGGUUUGGUGGAAAUAUUAGAAAAGCAGAAUAUUCACAAACAGAAGAGCGUUCAAACUUGAGGAAGGUUGAUAAUUCAUCAGAAGUUGGAGAUGACAUGAGUGACCGAGUUUACACAAUUGAUUCUGUACACCGGAGGGCUGGAUAUGAUGGUGUGCCAGACCCCAAGGCUUCAGUUGGAAUGGUUGACGAUUACACCCCGAGGGAUUCAUUGAAUCAUACAGAUUUUGGAGAUCCAGAGGUCACGAAGUUGUACCUUAGGCUUCAAGCACUUGAGGCUGAUCGGGAAUCAAUGAGACAGGCUAUGAUUGCUAUGCGGACUGAUAAAGCACAGGUGAUAUUGCUCAAGGAGAUUGCUCAGCAAUUAUGCAAAGAAAUGUCCCCAGCCGCGAGAAGACCUUCAAGGAAGCCAUCUGUAAUUGCGAGCUUUUCUUUCAUGUCCGUAUUCAAGUGGAUUGUAUCUUUUGUUUUGUGGAGAAGAAAAGCGCGCAGAUGCAAGUACAUGUUUGGAUCGUCCACCAGCAAUGUAGGCUUGCUAAUGCUUUUAGACAAGGGACCUCGUGUGGGGCAGUGGAGAUGUCUGUCGAGUACGCAAGUGUAAAACCAGCUCCUAGUUAUUCCACAUCGAUUACUGAAGACUGUAUCAUAAACGUCAGUGCGAAAUGGAUUGUAGUCAGACUAAUUGCUUUUUCAUGUUACUUUCUUUUCCUCCCUAUAUUCCUUGCUGCUGCAAAUUUGGGUUCACUCUGCGCUGUGACAUUUUGUUGAACCAGCGGCAUCGAAAAUAUAGAUGUUCCACUGCCAGGUUGGGACUUGUGAAUAACUGUGAUCAUAUAUGGCUUGUUUGGAUUCUCUCAAGGUUUUCUUUUUCUUUUUUUCUGUAUAUUACAAUUUGUGAAUGAAUUUUUUCUUUUUGUCAAUCAGAUGUUAGUGCUACUGGACUUUUGUAAUCGUGAUCGAAGAACUUCCUUGUUAUUAAUGUAGACUUGGUCCAAGACUGACUAAGGUUAAUAAAGCCUAGCCGGAACCUUCUAUGUU